GACAUGUCUGCUGCCAGCUGCCUGCUGACUGAGGAUCAGUUCCUGUGCUCCAUAUGUCUGGAUGUGUUCACUGAUCCAGUCACUUUACCAUGUGCACACAACUUCUGUAUCAAAUGCAUCACUGGACACUGGGAUAUUAACGUCCUGUGUUAUUGUCCCAACUGUAAAGAGCGUUUCUUCAAGAGACCUGAGCUGCGGGUUAACACCUUCAUCUCUGAGAUGACUGCUCAGUUCAGACGGUCGUCUCAACAGAAAAGCUCAGAGCAACAAGCUACCAAACCAGGAGAGGUUCCCUGUGACGCCUGCAGAGGAGCCAGAGUGAAGGCCCUGAAGUCUUGCCUGGUGUGUCUGGCCUCCUACUGCAACACUCACCUGGAGCCGCACCUCACAGUGUCAGGCCUGAAAAAGCAUCAGCUGAUCGGCCCUGUGGAGAACCUGGAAGGCAGGAUGUGUACGAAGCACGAUAAACUGCUGGAGCUGUUCUGUAAGACCCACCAGGUGUGUGUCUGCCGGCUCUGCACCAUUUCAGACCACAAGACACAUGAUGUUGUUCCUCUGAAAGAAGAAUAUGAAGAGAAGAAGGCUGAGCUGAGCAUGAGAGAGGCUGAACUUCAGCAAAUGACCCAAGACAGACGACAGAAAAUUAUGGAGAUCAAAAGUUCAGUGGAGCUCUGUAAGACAAGUGCAGACAGAGAAAUAGAAGAAGGUGUUCAGGUAUUCACGGCUUUGAGGAAGUCCGUUGAGAGAGGCCAGGCUGAGCUCAUCGAGACGAUCAAGGAGGAGCAGAGAAUGAAGGAGAAACAGGCUGAAGGCUUCAUCAAUGAUCUGGAACAAGAAAUCGGAGAGUUGAAGAAGAGAAGCGCUGAGGUGGAGCCGCUCGCACAAUCUGAAGACCACCUCCACCUCCUCCAAAGCUUCUCGUCCCUUAGCACUGGUCCUCCCACCAAGGACUGGACAGGAGUCAGUGUCCAUCCUCCAUCAUAUGUGGGGAUUGUAAGGAGAGCAGUGAAUCGGCUGGAGGAGACGCUCACUGAGAAGAUAAUGAAGCUUCUUGAUACUGAGCUGGAGCGAGUCCGGCGGCCAACAGUGGAUGUGACUCUUGAUCCUGAUAUAGUACAACCUAUAUUACUCAACCCGCCUGUGCCUAGAUACGUCAAUUCAUAUUAGGAUUUCUCAUUUGGAAGAUAAUAUUUUGAGGUUAAGAAGAAGGUUGAGAAGGUGUCCAGGUGGUCUUUGGGAGUGGCCAGAAUGUCUGACAACAGGGAACUGAUCACCCUCAGCCCCACUGAUAGCUUCUGGUCUGUAUGUUUAGAGAGGCAAGAUAGGUAUUUUGCCAGUGGUGAAGCAGAAGUGCCUCUCUCUCUGAAGAGGAUUAUGAGGAGAGCCUGA